AUAGGUAGGCCUUUUGCAUUUGGAGCACUGGUAGUAUGACCUUUUUGACGGCUGGUGCAAAAGCAAUGUAAAAGUAAAAAUAGUUUCUUCUCCAAUUGUUAUCUUAACACGGAAGACAAGAAAGAAAAAGAAAUAAAAAAUGGCGAAUGUAUUGCCGAUGGAAUCGCUGCCGCUAGGGUUUAGAUUCAGGCCCACCGACGAAGAGCUCAUAAAUCACUACCUGAGGCUGAAGAUCAACCGCCGUCAUUCUGAAGUCGAGGUCAUCCCUGAGAUCGAUGUUUGCAAGUGGGAACCCUGGGAUUUACCUGGUCUAUCGGUAAUUAAGACAGAUGAUCCUGAGUGGUUCUUCUUCUGUCCUCGCGAUCGCAAGUAUCCCAACGGUCAGCGCUCCAACAGGGCAACGGACGCCGGCUACUGGAAAGCAACCGGAAAAGACCGCACCAUCAGAGCUCGCAAAUCAGGGUCCAUUGGGAUGAAGAAGACUUUGGUGUUCUAUAGAGGGCGUGCUCCCAAGGGGGAGCGCACCAACUGGAUUAUGCAUGAGUACCGCCCUACUCUCAAAGACCUCGAUGGCUCUUCCCCUGGCCAGGAUGCAUUUGUCCUCUGCCGCUUAUUCCGAAAGCCAGAAGAGAAGUUUGACAGUGUAAAAUUUGGUGAAGCAGAGCAAAUUGGAUACUCCCCUACCACUUCUAAGUCCUCUCCUGAUGACACAUCGUCAGAUCUUGUUCAAGGAACAGAAACGUCUGCCAUGCGAGUAGGGAAACAAUCUGAAUGUAUUACUAGCUGGCCGAUGGAUGAGUCAGACAACGUUACCUCUGGCUCUGUUGCUGCAGUUCCUCUGAAUAGCUGUUGCAAUAGUCAUUCAGAUGUUGAAGAUCAUUCAACAGAAGCGACAACUAUGAGGGUAUAUCCACCAUUGGGAAAAAAAUUGCAUCCGUUUGAGCCCACAUCUGGCGAAAUUGACUGCAAAUUGUUCUCCCCAAUGCAAUCACAUUUUAGUGCAGACCUACCAAACUAUAUGGAUUCCCUCUAUGCCUGUGACUUCGGCAAUAAUGACCAGUCUCUCAAUUUUCAGGAUGGCACUAGUGAACCUGAUGUCUCCUUAGCAGAAUUGUUGGGUGAGGUCUUCAAUAGCAAUGAUGACUAUUCUGGAGAAGAGUUAAUCAAUCAAAAGAACUUUGCUGAUAGAAGUGGGACUCAGUUUCCUACUUAUAUACCAUCGGGUAUGGAUAACGGUGCGUACAUUGGAGCAGACAAUGAAAUGGCUCAGGCCCAGAUGCAAGCAUUGGAUGGAUAUUGGAGAGGUCAAGCAUCGUCCUUUGCUGGAGAAGUUGGAAGGAGAAAUAUCUGUGACCUCGGCACUAAUUAUGUUGGGCAGGAUGCUCCAUCUGCCAUUUCUACAACAGAGCCAUCCUUCAAUGCUUUCAAUGGCAGGGAAGAAUCAAGCAGGGAACUGAAUCCUCUUAGCCAUGGGAGUACUGUUGGUGGAACUGGAAUCAAGAUUAGAACACGCCAACAUCAGGCGCGACCACAUGCGGAUAGCUUUGCAACCCAGGGCACUGCUCCAAGAAGGCUCCGUUUGCAGAUGAAACCUACUACGGGGUCUGCUGGCAAUGGAGAUGAGAGUGAUGCAAGUCACAGAAGCCAUGUAGAAGAGGAAGAUGAAGUUCAAUCAGCUAUAACGGAGGUCACAGAUGCUAAAGAACAUAAUGCAGGGUCGGAUGAGCUGCUGAGAGAAAGGCGGGUACAUAAUUGGAAGGAGAGCAGAGAGAUUACUGGGGAAUCUUAUUGCAAGUUGAGGUCAAGGGUGAAAGAAAAUGGCAAGUGUAGCAGGAGUGAGAUAGAGUUAACGGAGAAUGGUUGUCCAGCAAGACGCAGGCACCCAAUUUAUAUAAUUGGAGUGGUGCUGGUGCUUGUGUUUGUGCUUGUGCUGGUUGGAACAUGGAGAAAGGUGCCUCGGGUUAUGAUGUUACUCAAAAGUAGUGAAUGAGAGUGUAGGAUGAGCUGAUUUGGAAAAGGAAAAAGAAAGUGUAGGUUAUGUAUAAUUAUAAAUAGUGGGGUUUAGUUUUGGGUUUGUGUUGUGUGAAUGUAUGAAUGGAUAUGAUAUGAUAUGUAUGUGGUUGGUCCGUUAAAUAGUAGUAGAUGGGAUGCGAAUAGUAGUAGUAUAGGAUAAAGAUGGCGUGGAGAGAAUAGUAAUAAAAAAUGUAAAAGGAUAAGGAUGUAAUAAGGCAAGAGACAAUGAAUAGGUGGAGUGGAAUGGAAGGAGACACUUUGAAGAGUGUAAUGGUGGCGAUGGAGCAGAUGUUGCAUGAUGCCCCUUUCCCCACACCGUAAUCUUCCCUUUACUUCCUUCCCAUAACUAACUAACUAACUAUACUUUUACUUAAUUAUCUAAUAACCCUUCUUCUUCUUCACAUGAUUUCCCCAACUUGUAAACUCUUCCUUUCUUUCUUAUUAUGACUCAUUCCUGAACUUUCUGCUUU